AUGCCGAGGAUAAACAACGAUCCGGACAAGGGCGACCCGUUCAACCGCGACGACUCGCUCGAACUAGAUCAACUCGACAACAGCCACCUCCAUCAAGCUGCCGCAAACCGCUACCAGAUCGACCCCCUCUCAGACUCAUCCGACAGCGACAACGACGACGACCUCGAUGCCAUUGAUGAGCACCAUACCCUUACCGGAAAGAAAGAGGCUCUCCUCAAGAAACAUCUCCACCCUACCGACGGCCACCAUCAUCCUACAUCCUCCACAUCAUCCGACGACUCUAAUCUCAGUCAGUCACAUCAUCACGACACCGACACAGACACGAUCGACGUCCACAUCAUCCCCCUCUCCUCUUCAGAAGCCAUCGACCGGCAACGGGGUGACCUACAAAAGAAUGUCACCUUCAGCAAUGGCCUCACCUUGGUGGUCGGUGUCAUUAUUGGAUCUGGCAUCUUUGCCUCCCCUGGUCCUGUGUUCGCCUAUUCCAAAUCAGUCGGGGUCUCGUUGAUCAUUUGGUUCGUGUCGGGGCUUCUGGCUUUUGCGGGCUCCUUGUGCUAUGCAGAGUUGGGGAGUGCGAUGCCCAGUUCUGGAGGUGGCGAGCAUGCGUACUUGAAUCAUGCCUUUGGGAGCUUACCUGCAUUCUUGUUCAGUUGGUCUUCAAUUGCCCUCUUGAAGCCUGCAGGAAACGCCAUCAUUUGCGUUGUGUUUGCAGAAUAUGUGGUCAACAUUGUGGCACAGUCAUCAUGGGAUCCAACACAACCAAUGCGUCACUGGUCCAACAAACUGAUCGCCAUUGCCUGCGUGCUGGUCCUAUCAGGACUCAACUCGAUCAGCGUCUCUGUCGGAACCAGGAUCCAGGACAUUUUCACGUUCAUCAAGGUGGUGACACUAUUGGUCAUUGGAAUCGCCGGUCUGGUGGUAUUGGGACAAAAGUCCCUCUCAAGCCACAACUUUGACCACGCCUUUGAGGGGACCUCACAACCAAGUCUCGGCGACAUCGCAUUGGGACUCUAUUCAGGAUUGUGGGCUUACGACGGCUGGAACAACCUCAACUAUGUGUCAUCCGAGAUGAAGAACCCGACUAGAGAUCUCCCUCGGGUCAUUUUUGCUGGCGUGCCAAUCGUUAUCAUCUUCUACCUCCUCGCCAACACUGCCUACUACGCCGUUCUCCCCGAGGAGGUGGUCAUGAACACCAACACCGUCGCCAUCGACUUUGGAAGGCAAAUGUUCGGGAGCACGGGAGGCGUGCUGUUUGCGAUUUGUGUAGCGUGCAGUUGUUUUGGAGCCGCCAACGGAUCGAUUUUUACAGGAGCACGAGUCAUCUAUGCGUCGGCACGCGAGGGAUACUUGCCAAAGAUAUUUGGCAAGGUCAGUGAGAAGCGCAGGACCCCUGUCGCAGCUUUGGGACUUCAGGCUGUCAUGACGACGAUUAUGAUUCUUGGCGGUACCUUUUCGACCCUUGUCAACUUUUAUUCCGUUGCCGCCUGGUUCUUCUACUUGUCAAGUAUUCUUGGACUACUAUAUCUGCGCUACCAUGAGCCAAACCUGAAGCGGCCGUUCAAGGUGUGGAUGGUGGUACCGAUUUCAUUCACGUUUUUUGGGCUCUUUUUGUUCCUGAUGCCGUUUGUACAGGCGCCAUUGGAGUCAUUUCUGUCGAUGGUGAUUGUACUCUCAGGAUUGCCACUCUGGGUGGUCAAGGAACUAGUCUCGGGCAACCGGGGGACGCGGUGGCAGGACCUCAAGGAGAAGGUCAUGCAUUGUUUUGGUAUCACGCCAGCCGGUGGACGACAUGAGCGGCUAGCGGGUUAG